AUGCUGCAGCAAAACCCAUCAUCGCCGCUCCAUGCGGAGCAGGUUAUCAAAUCUUCGAAUUGCACGCCGACAGCGACGCCGGCACCCACGCACACGGUGCUUGGCACGCCGCAGCGUCCGUCAUCUCCGCGCCAAUUCUUCGAGCGUCUUUACGGGCAUCUCGAGACGCGGACGCACAACAGUGAGAGCGGCGACAUUGACGUGGGCACACACGCCGAGCCGUCCUACCAGAGUGACGGAGGCAGCGCAUCCUCGCCGGAUAUUUCGAUGAGUGAUGAGCGCGUCGCGUUAGUCAGUUUUCCGUCAUAUGAAUUGCAUGCGCCUCCGCCGGAUUACAAUGCGUACGGCGCCAUUGCGAACGCAACUUUACCGCCGGGUCUAACAUUUCCGGCUUUUUCGGGUGAUCCGCAUAUUAACGCCGGAUUUUCAGCAUUUUUGGCUCGACGUCGCCGCAAGGAGGGACGCCAGAGACGGCAGCGCACCACGUUCAGCACGGAGCAAACACUGCGCCUGGAGGUGGAGUUCCAUCGGAACGAGUAUAUAUCGAGAAGUCGACGCUUUGAGCUGGCCGAGACGCUGCGCUUGUCGGAGACACAAAUCAAAAUCUGGUUUCAAAAUCGUCGCGCCAAGGAUAAACGCAUCGAGAAGGCGCAAAUCGAUCAGCAUUACAGGAACUUUGUCGUGGCCAAUGGUUUUAUGAGCACCAUAAUGGGCCAGACGAGCUACGCGACGGCUGCGCCGGCGACCAGCUCUGCGGCGGCGGCCAUGCUAGGCAGCGGCUACUAUGCAGCGACGCCGACGCUGCUGCCGGCGCCGCUGCCGAAGGACAGGGCAGCGCUCGUAAAUAACGCGCGUCGUGCGGAUGUUAAUUAUGUGGAGCACCACCAACAACAACAACACCAAGUGCAUCCUGACCAGCAGCAGCGACGCAGCCGUUUUGUGCCUGCGCCAACGCUUAUUAAUUCGUGUUAG